CACCUGCCGUGCUGGUGACUUUCCUCUCAUUGAUUUCUUGCUGGGUUCCGUUCAUGUUUCUCUCGCCGGUCGCUGACGCCAUCGGUUCUCCUUUUUCAUCUGACUGAAUGUUGUCCAGUUUCUGGAGGAGGAGCUUCAUCCCUUGAUCCUGCUCCAGCCUUCAUCGUGCUCCUGGAUCUCCUCUGGGCUCAGAGCAGUUGGACGGACACAACGCUUACAGUGGUCUGUCACAAUUGGUGAGAGGAACGCUGGGCUUCUCUGGGAUCUCCACAGAUGAUGAUGGAGGCUCUUCUGCCGGCUCCUCCGCUGGAUCCCCGUCCUGGUCCGCCCUGACCUGGUCCACUGCUUCACUGUCUCGCUGCAGCUCGACGGGACUUUGCAUGAUGACUGACACACCUGGAGGCUGAGCGCUGGAUUCUCCUGAUGCUGCUGCUCCGAAGCUUCCUCAGAGGAGGGGAGAGGUUCCUCAACCUGGAGGAAAAUAUGUGACUUGUUUGUACUUGCACGACACAUCACCAAUAUCAAGUGAAGUGGAUUCUCUUCUGGCCUGAUCCUUCAGGCCACUUCCUGCCACACAAGCGACCCCUCAUCCACCCCUCUGGUGUGAUGACCCACAUGCUUUUAAGGAGAAGGUGGAAAAAGUCAGCCACUGAGUCAUUCAGCCCAUCAGAAGUGGAGAGACUCAAGAGCAGAAGAGAACAGGAGCGAGAGACACAUGAGUCAGUUCAGCAUGCGGAUAGAAACCUGCUGCGGCUGGACACGGAUGAAGGAAAGUCCCGAGGAAGCGUGCUGGCCUGCGUCUUUGCUCACCAGUCGGAGUGUUGCCCCAUAUGUGAGCGAGGAGGACUGGAGGAGCCUGGAGCACCUAGCCCACCCCCGACACCGGAGACACCCAGGGAAGGAAGCGGCGGAGGAGUGGACAGAUGAGGGGCGGGGCAAGAGAAAAUCAGAAACAGUCCAGGAAAUGAGAACAAGAAUCGUGCAGAAUUCCAUGGGAGCAGAAGACAGUUCAGGACCAGCAGCGUGACACAGCAUGCCGACGCUCUGCCGGAGGCAGCUGCGCAUGCGCGCCCUGGCUGUUUCAUCACCACCAUCCUGAGUUCAUUUCGGUACCGCGAGCUCGAGCUCAGCUGCCUGUACAGCGCGUCCGCCCAGUGAGGACGGAGCAGCGGGAGAAGCGCACGAGGCGAAAUCCCGUCCAACGCCGGACCACGCCGACCGAGCACGGUCCUGAUCAGAGUGCCAUCAGUCUUUCCAGUGAGCAGUCAUGCCUCCACCGGUGGGCGGGCCCAUGGGCUACACCCCUCCAGAAGGUGGCUGGGGCUGGGCCGUGGUGGUUGGUGCCUUCAUCUCCAUAGGCUUCUCCUAUGCCUUCCCCAAAUCCAUCACUGUGUUCUUCAAAGAGAUUGAGGUGAUCUUUGAUGCCACGCCAAGUCAAGUGUCCUGGAUCUCCUCCAUCAUGCUGGCAGUCAUGUACGCUGGAGGUCCGAUCAGUAGCAUUCUGGUCAACAAAUUUGGCAGCCGUCCAAUUAUCCUCGUUGGCGGCUGCCUCUCUGGGUCAGGUCUGGUCGCCGCCUCUUUCUGCAACUCGGUGGAGCAGCUUUACUUCUUCAUCGGAGUCAUUGGAGGUUUGGGACUGGCCUUCAACUUGAAUCCUGCCCUCACCAUGAUCGGGAAAUACUUCUACAAACGCCGUCCGAUUGCCAAUGGCAUCGCCAUGGCAGGCAGCCCCGUCUUCCUGUCCACGCUGGCCCCACUGAACUCAUGGUUGUACGAUGAGUUUGGCUGGAGAGGAAGCUUCCUCAUCCUGGGGGGUCUUCUGCUCAACUGCUGUGUGGCUGGUUCCCUCAUGCGGCCCAUCGGGCCUCCGCCUCUGCCGUCCAACGCUCCGGCCGAGCCCUCUGCGUCAGAGGGGGAUGCCAUUGUCAAGCCACAACCAAAGAAGACUAUCCUGCAGACCAUCAUCUCCUUUAUCGACAUCACUCUCUUCAAGCACCGCGGCUUCCUGCUGUACUUGCUCGGCAAUGUCGUCAUGUUCUUUGGCCUCUUCGCACCGCUCGUCUUCCUGUCAAACUAUGCCAAAAGCAAAGACAUAAGCAAGGAGAAGGCCGCCUUCCUGCUGUCCGUGCUGGCCUUUGUUGACAUGUUUGCCCGUCCCUCCAUGGGCCUGCUGGCCAACACCAAGUGGAUCCGCCCCCGAGUCCAGUACUUCUUUGCUGCUGCUGUUCUCUACAACGGUGUGUGCCAUGUGCUGGCACCUCUGUCCGUUGACUACACGGGAUUUGUGGUGUACGCCAUCUUCUUCGGUUUUGCCUUCGGCUGGCUUAGCGCUGUGCUCUUUGAGACUCUCAUGGACCUGGUGGGCGCGCAGAGGUUCUCCUCUGCCGUGGGUCUGGUCACCAUCGUGGAAUGUGGCCCAGUGCUGUUGGGUCCCCCUCUCACAGGCAGUUUCUAUAACUACUACAGCCACUAUGACUACACCUAUAUCUCCUCCGGAAUCAUCCUCAUCAUCGCCAGCUGCAUUCUUUUCGUGGGGAUGGGAAUCAAUUACCGGCUGCUGGCACGAGAGAAGAAGGCGGAGGAGAUGAAGGAGCAGGAGGAGGCGGCAGCGGAGGAGGGCAAGGCCAUGCUGGCGUCUGACACGGAGGAGAACAGUGUUCCUCACGCCGCCGUCCCUCUGGAGGAGGUGGCCCGAAUGGACGAGGACACAGUUUAGGAGAGAGCACAUGAAUCACACACAGGAGCGGCUGCAGUGAAGCAACACACAGCUCGGUCGAGCGACACACCUGAAGCCAUCCGACAAGCCCUUCUUUUUCUUUUAUUCUCUGAUCUGAACCUGGACUGGCCUGUUUUGAUUUCUUCAUGUGCCUUUGGUGAACUCCAGGAGCACCCCUACCUCCACCUCCCCACCGAUGAUGAUUUUUGGAUUGCAGAGUUGCAGGGCAGCUGCCUCCCUGGCAGGAUGCUCCGGUUCACUCGAUGGAUUGUGUGAAAGCACUGCGUCCUCUCCUCCACUCCUCAAGGACUGAUCCGAAAGCACGUGUCACAGCCAUUCUUAGCAACUCAGGUAAUGAGUGAGUAUUUUUGAAAAGGUUCUGGACUGAAGCUCAGUAUUUGAAGUCAAAGCAGUGUCAGUGUUGUGAUAGCUUGAACUGUGCACAUAUGUGUGUGUGUGUGUCUCCAUGGAACACCCUCCACAGUACCAUAUACGACUGUGGAAAAAUACUUCAGUCACUCUCUGCAAACCGAUGCACAGCAGUGAUUGGUGAAGGAUGAGACACCUGGCUUCCCCACAAAGGUUAGAGGGCGCUUCCAGCAGUUCACUGCUGCAUUAUGGAAUUUGAAGAAGAUAUUUUCAACAAUUUGCUUUUUUUCCAAGUGUUUGAUAUGACAAAGUAUUAAGCUAUAUUAUAAGCUAUACUCAUAUUUGUUUAGCCCUAUAUCAAUUACCUUUUGUUAUAGACCAAAAAAAAUCUAUUUUUGUCUUCAUAUAGUCUGACAAUCCGAUGAGUAGUCAUGUUUGUAAUGGAUUUAGAUCUUUGUGCUGACGUGUGCAAAUCUGACCAGAUUCAUAUCAAAACCAGCAGAAUGGAAUAGAUGUCUGAUGCCGACUUUCCACGCAGCGGUCCGGGUCAGAGCAGGUCGGGUAGUAACCUUCAUUUCACCGACUCCACCACUCAAAAGGGUGGAAUAACCCGCCCCAACCCUUUCUAUAUUUUGGAUCCCUUGUCUGGGGUGCAGAAGGGUCAGGCCCCAGUGACACACCCACAAACACUGUUCACUUGAGGGGAGCAAACUCAGUAGAGUUGCCUCAGAUCCAGCAGAGCAUUGUGCGUGUGCUAAAAGCCUCUCAUGAAUUUUCCCAAAGCAAGUUAGGAGCUUAAAAUGUUUAAAAAAUUAUUUUUAAAACUCAUUUGGACAGUGUCGCACAAAUGUUGUAUAUCUGUGAAUGAAUACAGACUUCCAAUGUCCCAGAGCACAUGAAUGAGGAGCGUUCACAGAGCACCGAGGUGAGUUUUUGCUCCUCAAAUGCAGCAUUGCCAUCAUGAAAUCAAAUAUAUGCUGUUGAAACGUCGUCCCUGAUUGUCGCUGCUCACCGUCGUUGCAUGAACAAAUGUGACCUCAUCUCUUGUCACAUCACAUGAUCAAACUUUUCUACUCUUCUGUCUCGUCCUACAUUGUAAACAUUAGCGCAGCCCACGCUUGAAAAGCUCAGCUGCUGACUCAACAAAUGAAACGGUGCAAUGUCAUGGCGUCACCGCCCACGUUCCUGAACCCAGUGACCCGUUCCCACCCUGCUCAGUCCGUACCGACCCAGACCACCCGGUGGAAACGCGGCAUUAUUUUACCAACCACCAGCUUGUGGGACUAACAAGGUACACUGCCAGUGUGACCGCUCGGUCAGUCCUGUGAUGCUUGUUUGAGAUCAUAGUGAUGGGGGUGGCAUUUUCUCUGAUGUUUCCAUCUCUGUUGGAACGUUUGCUUCUCAUUGACCUGUGAACUUCUGUACGUCUCCAUUGUGGACGUUUCAUUGGGAAAUAAUCUGGUCCACUCAUCUGAUGAGUCAGCAUAUAUUUGGGAGUUUAAGUGGGAGAGAAAGUGGUCAGUCUGAGAUAAGUUUGCUCGAUGUUUAAACUGAAAUAUUCAUCCGGUCUUGAUGAGAGAGUCGGGGUGGAUUUGCCAAAGCAAAAGUGCCAAAAGCCCCUCAUGGAUUUUCCCACAGCAAGUUAGGGGCUCAAAAUGUUGAAAUAAUUAUUUUUAAAACUCAUUUGAGGUUGGAUUAUUUUAUUCCAAGUUUAUUACAUUGAUGAACCGCCCAUGUGUUGGAUGACAGAAUUGAAAGAAGGUCAAACCUUUGAACUGCCUAGAAGGUGUCACUGAAGAGUCAUUUAAAGCACCACAAAUGUCCCCACUACAUCGACGGCCUCAGGGACACUGAUCAUGUUACUGCCGUUUCCUGAAGAGACAUCGACCAAUUUCGGUGUCAGGUGGUCAAAUCCAUCCGAAUUUCAUGUUCAUGUUUGACUGAAAAUGUAUUCAUCGCGAGCCACUGAUACGAUCCCUUCUGGUGUGUUUACCAACGUAGCCCAUUGUAUCUCCAUUGGAAAACCCUUCUCAUGUCUAACACAGAAGGAAAGUCAAUCACUUGAUGGUUUUUAUCCAGAUGGAGGAUUUGGUGAAGCAAGUGAGUGCACAACAGGUUGACAUUUCCGUCUUCACAUGCUGCCACACCUCAGCCAGCCACCUUCCACCUAUUCAGAUCGAGUUGAGAAGGUCACGUGACUGAAGCGAUGUGAUGAACUGAAUGACUGAAACAAAGUUGUCGAACUGCACCUGUCUUUUUUUUUUUUUGAGAACACGUUGCACAUUGUAACACCAGCUUUCGAGGUUUCUAAAUGUGAAAUAUGAUUGAAUAAAUAGUUUUUAAAAA